CAAAGAUAAAAAUGAGAUGUCGGAGAGGAUCUUGAAUCUAACUCUGGAGAUCAUUUACCUGCUGACUGGAGAGGUAUGAUGACGUAGGUCUGUAUGCUACGGUCCCACGCUGAGAGCAACACCAAAACACUACAGAGUGGUCCGCCUCGUGAAACUGAUGCCUAAAGGGAGAUGAGACGCGGUGAAUCAAACGCUCACAAUCCACAAGGAGAAAGCUGAGACCUGCGCCAAAAGGCAGGCAAACCCUGCUGCACAGAACUUGAAGAUCCAGGUAAUAGAACGCCGAUGCUUGUAAAGAGCCCUGGCAACAAGAUAGAAGAUCCUGGGGGUGCUGUGUGGACAGGAGAGAAUCUUUAAAGCAGCAUGAAGGGGAAACCCGUUAAACUCAGGCGCUCCCAUAAAGUAUUACAAAAGGCUUAUAUGAUUACAAAGCGGCCUAAUAACCAUGCCAAACGUGACAGAAGUGACUAUGUGCCAGAAAAAUUGUGCAGAACCCAGUACUCUACUAUGGACUCUCCAUGUCAUGCAACAAUGUAUAUGAAGAACUGUGAGGAAAAGAUUUUGAAACUGACUUAUAAGAUGAUGCAUCUUCUGACUGGGGAGGUUGCUAUAAGAGAUGAGGAUAUUGCAGUAUAUUUCUCCAUGGAGGAGUUUGAGUAUUUGGAAGAACAUAAAGAUAUUUAUGAGAAUGCGAAGUUGGAGAUUCAUCAACCUCUCCAUUCAACGGAACGAACAAUGACCUGUAGGGGAUCAGAAGAACUGCACACUCCUGCUCCUUCCGCAUAUACGGAUACAGUUCUUGAACCUGUUAAAGAAACCAUGUGCAUAAAACAGAGUGACUCAAAAAGCGAGCAGGUCAGAAAUGUGGCAGAGGAAUCUACUUUAUCUCAAGAAAGAUAUCUCACAGACACCAACGUUUAUACGGACACAGAAUAUUCACACGUGAAUUAUAGAACUGUUUAUAUUAAAGAGGAAUCAGACUCUAAUGAAGACCUAGAUCUCAAUGAAAUGAACUUUCCUAAUCCCAUAGGACAUACACAGACACACUAUACAUCUUGCCCCAACACAUAUAUACCCACAGAACAUACAACUCUACAUACUACGCAAAAACUGUCGCAUGAAGGUCUCACAGAUGUUCAUAUAUACACACCAAGAGAAAAUACACAGACAAACUAUGUGUCUUCUCAUGUUAAUUUAACCUUCACUAAAGAAGAAAAUUGUGAAAACCACAUUUGCACACAAACAGAAUGUUCAAAUACUGAUGAUUAUUAUUACACAGAACAAGUCAAAGGAAACAACAGCAUUACACAAAACACGAGCAAGCAUUUCUCGGAAAUCAUAUGCAAUGAAUGUGGCAAAAUAUUUACUACAGUGUCUGCUUUUUUAUCUCACCAGCAAACACACACUACUCAGAGGAUGUACAAUUGCUCAGAGUGUCAUCAAUAUUUUAUUAGCAAGUCAGAUCUUGCUAAACAUCGGCUAGUUCAUAAAGAAAAAAAACUUACCUGUUCAGUUUGUGGGAAGCACUUUUCUUACAAAUCUUAUCUUGUUAUCCAUCAGCGUAUCCACACAGGAGAAAAGCCUUUCUCCUGCUCGGUGUGUGGGAAGUGUUUUACAUGUAGCUCCCAUCUUGUUACCCAUCAGAGGAUUCACACAGGAGAAAAACCAUUUUCUUGCCCCAUAUGUGGGAAGUGUUUUAGCCGUAGAUCAGACCUUGUUAAGCAUAACCGAAUACAUACUGGAGAAAAACCAUUUUCGUGUUCUGAAUGUGGGAAAUGUUUUACUCGGAGCUCCCAUCUUAUUUCACAUCUCAGGAUUCACACUGUGCAGUAACCAUUGUAAACGUAAUUAGGCAUUGGAAAAGUCAUACAAGUGAUUAUCUGAAGAAAAAAAAAAUAAGCAGUAAAUUUGUACUUUUGUAUUUUUCAUGAUAAGUUAAAGGGACACAAUGAAGUUGUUAUGGUGAGAGGAGGUCCCGGGCACAGGCUUAUCUAAAUUGAUAAAACUGUCAGGCCUACCAGGCUCAAUCAGUCUGCCCCAGCACUUCCACUCAAUAUCUGAGACUUCAGUCAGAAAGCCUGAAACUGGAUGUAGCUGAAGAACUUAACCGUUUUAAAAUGGGGAGCUACUGCUAGCAUAAGCUGGCACUUUCAAUGUUUUCUUUUUAAUACGUUUGCAAAGCUUUCAAAAAUUUGUUUGUUAUUAUGGGGUAUUGAGUGUAGUUUGAUAUGAAAAAAUGUAAACAACAAUUGAAUACUUUCUGAAUGGCACUGUAUGUGCUAAGUAUAUGUAUCAUAAAUUUAGUUUAGGUAGCUGCAGGUUUUUUUUUAUUCAAUAUGCCAUUUGCUUAAAGAAACACUCCAAGUAAUUAUGAUGCCAGGAGUGCCCUAGCAGUGUAAGUAGUCAAACUAUUUUAUGAUGGCUUGUGUACCGUCUUAGUUAAUUCUGAAUUUACUUUUAAGGUUAAUCGUCACAUUUAUAAAAUUAAGCUUCUAUUGCUUUAAAUAAUGGUUUAAUUAUAUUUCUUGAUAUAUCAAAGCUGUAUCAAUAACUGCAUACUUCAAUCUGCAUUCACACAUACUAUACUUGCUUUUUUCCCUGAGGGUAGCAUGUACAGGGAGUAAUAAAACUUGGUGUACGCCUUG